AUGACAUAUUCCCUGGAGUUCGGACUUGUCAAUGCUGCAAACAGAUACCUGACUGCCGAACCUUUCCGUUUCCAGGUGACAGCCACAGGCAAACAACUGAAGCCUCGGCAGGUGUGGGUGCUGCAAUUUGUGACCCCACAUGGAGCCGGAGCAGCUGGCCCCGGAGAAGGGGCUGCCCAGAAAGUUCACCUUAUCAGUGCCCUGAAACGCUACUUAGCAGCUGACCCAAACGGCAAAGUCACCUGUGACCAGGAUAAACCGGGGCCUCAGACGUUCUUCCUGCUGCAUCAGUAUCCAGAUGGCAAGGUGUGUCUGCAAAAUGAGCAGUCCAAGCGUUACCUGGGUGGGGCAGAGGACAAUGUUACCUGCUUUGCCCAGGCUUCCAGUGAAACAGAAAAGUGGACCCUGCACCUGGCAGUGCACCCCAAUGUUGCACUCUAUAACCCCAACAGGAAGCGUUAUGUGCGUUAUGAUGAGAAGGCUGAGGUAUUGCGCUGUGAUCGUGAUGUGCCUUGGGGGGCGGAAUCAGUCAUCAGUAUCUACUACGAUUUCAAAGUGAAGAAGUAUGGAUUGAGAAAUGGGGCAGGUAAACUCUUAGCUUCCAAUGGUUCACUGCUAUCUGAAGUUACUGCACAAACCAUGUACUCCUUGGAAGUCCAUGGUGGCUUGGUUGCUUUCCGGGAUGAUGAGGGAAAGUACUUGACUGGGCGAGAGGGUAGCAUGAAAACCCUAAAGAUGGACAGACCUGGACGGGAUGAACUUUUCAGCGUGGAAGCGAGCCCUGCCCAAGUUUCACUGCGCUCUUCUUCUACCAACAAGUUUGUCUGUUGCAAGCCUGGUGCUGACCUCUAUGCCACUGCAAUGGCAGUAAGCAACACAGAGAUCUUCCAACUGAUGUUCGAUGACACUACAAAGAAGGUCUGCUUCCGUGGCCAUAGUGGCACGUACAUGUCCUUGGGACCCAAUGACUGUAUCAUUAGCAGCACCAAACAGGACAAAAAUGCUUGGUUUGAACUCCAGUAUCAGGAUCAGAAAGUGUUGCUUCACAUGGGAGACAAGUAUGUGUCUAUGCGGCCCAACGGACAGCUCCUUGCAGUCCCCAAAGCUGCAGGUAAAAGUGAAGAUUUUCUGAUAGUUCUGGUGAACCGGCCUCUACUGAUCCUGCACAGUGACGCUGGUUAUGUUGGUCUGACUUCUGACAUGAAGCGGUUGGAAGGGAACUGUUCUGACUACGUGCUCAACAGCCUGUCACUCAGUGAAGAUGGCUACUAUAAUUUCCAAAUUGGUGGCAAAUAUUGGUCCUUGGAUAAAGAUGGGCAAAUCCUGGUAACCAGUGACCGUCCUGGCAAUUUCAGCCUCCAGUUUGUAUCCUCCACCAGUCUUAUAAUCAAGGCUUCCAACAACAAAUAUCUUAUGGCUGAUCAAGGAGGCCGAGUAUGGACUGGGUCUACUGAUGCAUCAAGUGCAACUCUGUUCCAUUAUUGA